AUGUUUCAAUCCAAAGGCGAAAAGACUUCAAGCAUUGGAAAUGUCGAAGAUAUCAACCAGCCAGCCAGCAAUAACGUCGACUGGGACGAGGAAUAUUCGCCAUCAGAGCAGCGCAAAAUAAUUCAUCGCAUUGAUCGCCGGCUAAUCCUGAUGUCUGGACUUGCAUACUGCAUUUCGAUGAUUGAUAGAACAAACCUCGGCAUGGCCGCUGUGGCUGGCAUGACAGAUGAUUUAAAACUAGCUGGAACACGAUAUUCGAUUAUGAUCCUGAUCUUCUUCGUUCCAUAUGUGCUACUUCAACCUCCAAUGACCGUCGUAACGCGGAAGGUUGGCCCUAGGUUCUUCCUGGGCUCUAUCAUUUUGUCCUGGGGCGCAAUCUUAAUUGGAAUGGGAUUCUCGAGGAAUUGGAAACAUAUGGUUAUGACUCGUGCACUACUGGGCGCUUUGGAGGCUGGAUACUUUCCCGGUUGUGUUUACCUUUUGUCUAGUUGGUAUGUCCGCUAUGACGUCCAAAAACGUUUCUCUAUCUUCUACCUCUUUGGCUGCGUGGCAUCGGCAUUAGCUGGUGUCUUGGCCUAUGGUCUGUCACAAAUGGAUGGUAUCCAGGGUAUUCAGGGAUGGCGUUGGAUUUUCAUAAUGGAAGGAGUGUUGUCGUGUGCCGUCGGAGUUCUCACUGUCCUUUUCUUGGUCGAUUUCCCAGAUCGAGCCCAUAAAUCAUGGAGAUUCCUUAACGAGAAGGAGUGCGCCUUCAUUGUCCGACGAAUCAACCGUGACCGAGCGGAUGGAGAUGCAGAGCCUUUCAGCUUAAAAAAGUUCCUAGCACCAUCUCUGGACUUGAAAAUUUGGGGGUUUGCAAUGAUAUUCUUUUGCAUUACAACGAAUACCUAUGCGAUCUCCUAUUUCCUGCCUAUUAUUCUUCGACAAGGAAUGGGAUAUGGGGUUGCUGCUUCCCAAUGCCUUGUAGCCCCGCCCUUUGGACUCGCUGCGAUUUUGAUGCUGAUAACAUCCUGGUUGGGCGACAAAUACCGCAUGAGAGGACCCAUAUUGGCAUUUAACGCUCUAAUUGGAAUUAUCGGGCUUCCAAUCAUGGGAUUUGCGGAAAAUAAUGCUGUCAGGUACUUCGGUGUUUUCCUUGCUGUGGCAGGAUCUAAUGCCAAUGUGCCUGCUUCUAUGGCCUAUCAAGCCAACAACAUACGAGGACAGUGGACCCGUGCUCUUUCUAGCGCUACCUUGGUGGGAUUUGGAGGUAUUGGUGGCAUUGUGAGCAGUUUGGUAUUUCGAGAACAGGACGCGCCUAUCUAUCGUUUGGGGAUGUGGACAACUAUCGUGUGA